AUGCUCUAUCCAACUGUCUUGACCUUGGCCGUGGCUGGUCUUGCUGCCGCCUGGCCUUUGGCUGACCAUGUCCCUGCUGGUCCCACCUGUUUCCCGAUCACCUUUUACGUCGACGCGAGUGCGCAGAAUGUUGUUAUCACCAAUCCCCCAUCUGAGCAUAAUGCCACGGCUAUUUACGACUUUAUGCUUUCGACUGUCUCUACGGGUAGUCAGGCGAUCUCGGGUACCAAAACUGUAUCUGGUGGCUUCGUGAUUGAGGGCACCUACUGCAUACCUCCCCCUACGGUUAAAGAUGUCGGAGCUCUACAGUUUCUUGUUCACGGUGUCACAUAUAACAAGACUGUCUGGGCCGGAUUGGGCAUUUCUGAGAGGUAUAGCUGGCAUGACUACGCUACCAGUGCUGGUUAUCAUACUCUGGCUAUCGAUUCUCUUGGCCACGGUCAAAAUCCUCAACAUCCUGAUCCUUUGAACGUGGUUCAGGGCCCCCUCCAUGUUGAAAUUAUGCAUCAGAUCAUCAGUCGCAUUCGAAGUGGUCUCGUCGAAGAACUUUUUCAUGCCAGAAAGACCAUCAUCUACGUCGGCCACUCCUAUGGAUCCGGUCUCGGAAAUCUCCUCUCUGUGAAGCACCCCGAGGAUAUUGACGCCUAUGUCCUAACUGGCUUCUCUGCGACUUUGACACCACCAUCGUCUUUCUUUAGCGAUCUUUUCUCCGCAGCAGAUGUUUUAGACCGGUUCGAAAACUAUCCUUCGGGCUACCUCACAGGCCGCACUAUCGACGGCCGCAGAGCUGUCUUUUACGCUGGAUCCUAUGACCAUUCUAUUGUCCCCCGCGAUUUCGCCGGGCGAGACAUUGUCUCAGUGGAGGAGUUCUUUUCCCCUGGUCUCUUCACUGUGGCCUCCAAUUAUACUGGCCCUGUGUUUGUCGCGACGGGAGAUCUUGACAAAUUUUACUGUGCCGGAGGCCCUCUUCAAUGCCAAAAGAUUUUAGAUAGCACAAAGACGCAGAACUUCCCACUCUCAACAAACUAUGGGACGUACAUGGCGCCAAACACAGGCCACUGCCUAUCGCUUCACUAUUCGGUGGCAGAGACCGCUGCAGCCAUCAAUGCUUGGCUGACCAAUGUUCUCGAGUCUCUCUCACGAGCUGGCCAUCGCUCACCGCAAUCCUGA